ACCUACCUAUAUAUGAUUUGCUUGGGCUUUUACAGUUUAAUGUUAGGUUUAUGCAGUUUUACAGUUAAGUCAAUGAUCUUGAAGGACACAAAAUACAAUACAGAGAUGAUGUGGAGAAGUCAGUACUUGCACUCCUUUUCUGCCUUACCAUUCUUUGUCCUACUUUUAUCUAUAGUUCACACACACACACCAGUGCUCAACAUAAAUAGAAAGAACUGGUGGUAAAGAAAACCAGAGCUGGACAGUGGUUAAAGCAAAAUGAAUGAAUGAAUACAUACAUACAUACAUACAUACAUACAUAAUACAUAUAUAAAUAAAGUAAAGAUUUUAUUCAGGACUACUGCAAUAGGAGAAAAGAGACCUCAGUAUAGAACCAGGCUCAAUUCUGAAUACAACAUGAGCAAGUGGAAAUUUACAGCAGAGAGGGGUCAGUGGAUGGAAAGUUCCUGAGAGGAAACAUCAAGGCCUAUAGGGGGAUUCUGGCUAAACUGGCCUAACAGGAUUGUUGCUGAAGGCAAGCCCAGGUGAUCAGAUAUCAUGUGGGGAUGGCAGCAAAUGAGGAACUCAAUCAGACAUUGAGGGUUAUCAGAUAUCUAGGUAAGAGGUUCUUGCUAAACAGACUUAGCAGCCUUCUUGAUAAAGCUGGAUUUUACAAGCAAGUGCAGAGAUGGGCCAGGAGGAGGCGCUGGAGCCUGAGUGAAGGAAGGCAAGCAGAGAAUCUCUGUCACUGGCACCCUGUUUGCUUCAGAUUCUCUAUACUCAAACUGGAGGGUCAUUUUUCAAAACACAGAUUCAUUUUAGAAAUGGCUUCUAACAGAAAGUGUGCUGAUUGUGUAAUAACUCGCCUCCUAGUGUCACACAGAAUGGGCACAGGCUCCUUCGGAGGUGCGCCAACCGGAGGUGUGUUAACAAAAACCUUCCUCGCAGCCAGGGAUGGCUACCAAGCUCACUUCAGAAACCCAGUGCUGAGAGUCUGGGCGGUCCUGGACUGCCAUUCUGUGCUGAAAGGACAAGUCUGUCCAGCAGGUCGUGUCCAGUGUGAACAGCCACCGAGGCUCCAUGGGCAUGGUGGUGAGGAUGCUACCACGCCAUCCCACCUCACCUGCCACCAUCCCACCUCACCUGCCAUCCCACCUCACCUGCCAUCCCACCUCACCUGCCAUCCCACCUCACCUGCCAUCCCACCUCACCUGCCAUCCCACCUCACCUGCCAUCCCACCUCACCUGCCAUCCCACCUCACCUGCCAUCCCACCUCACCUGCCAUCCCACCUCACCUGCCAUCCCACCUCACCUGCCAUCCCACCUCACCUGCCAUCCCACCUCACCUGCCAUCCCACCUCACCUGCCAUCCCACCUCACCUGCCAUCCCACCUCACCUGCCAUCCCACCUCACCUGCCAUCCCACCUCACCUGCCAUCCCACCUCACCUGCCAUCCCACCUCACCUGCCAUCCCACCUCACCUGCCAUCCCACCUCACCUGCCAUCCCACCUCACCUGCCAUCCCACCUCACCUGCCAUCCCACCUCACCUGCCAUCCCACCUCACCUGCCAUCCCACCUCACCUGCCAUCCCACCUCACCUGCCCUGCCCUUGGACCUCGCUGGCUCCCACAGAGCUACUUGCAGGAGUAGAAUCCUGAAGGAGCUCCGACAAUCCAGCCUUGCCCGAGCGCAGUCCCUUAGAGGCCAGGCCAGGCUAAUUAAGACAAUGGUCCCUUCAUCUCUCCUCGCUAAAGCCUCCGAACUCCAUGCAACAACAGAUAAAAGACAAAGCAGUGACACUGUGCAAUAGAAGCAGCACAUUCCCGCUGACAGUGCGGUCUCCAGACCUUCCUGACUCGCGCGGCUGGGAUGCACUGGCUUUGCUGCUUGUUGGCAAUGUACACAUGGGGCCUCGAUCAGCAAAGCGGACAAAGAGAGGGGAGCAGCACAGCCCUGUGAGGGGUCCACUGUGCUGGGCAGGGCACAGAAGCGAAGGGAAGAGGUCCCUGGCCAGGAGCUUUGCUUACAGUGAGGUUUGGUGAGGCAAGGCCUGUACAGAAGUGAUUACUGGGGUUAAACAUCACUUGCUCAAGAAAGCAUCCCUAAGCUCCCGGAUAAGUUCCAGAGCCGUUUCCACUCUCUCAACUUCCACUACUUUGUCAGAGCACAUGUCACCACUGUGAUCAAUUACUUAAUCUGUUAGUUGAUUAUUCAUUUAAAAUCUGUCUCUCUGAAGGGACUCUAAGUGCCACAAGGGUAAGACCAUGCUUAACUGAUUCACUACUGCCCCUCGGCACCAUGCACAGUGAUGGCAUGUUGUACACUCUCAUUAAUUAAUUGUCGAAUGUGUGAACAAGAGGCUGAUAUAAUAAUGGACCCACUAAUAGAAGAACAACAGACCAAGCUCUACAGAUCAUUUCAUGAACAUUAAGCACUUACUAUGUGUCAAUCAUUGUUGACAACAGAACCUGCUCUCAAAGAGCUGGCCCUCUAGUGGGGGGAGAGGCUCACAGCAGGACAAUGCAUAGAGGGCCCGUCCCUCUGUUGGAGAUCUGUCUGGGUUAAGGGUAACAGGGAAAACAGCUUCAUAGAGUUACUGCUACAUCCGUGGGCAGACAUGGUCUGGAUGGACAUCACAGGCAGAAGGACUGGCUU